UCAUGCUGGGAAAGUGUGACAGACAGCCGGAAGCAGUCACUCGGCUGGCGCCAAACUCGAGCGAAAUCAUGCCAAAAAUGGACAAACGGCCAAAAAGCAGCUCUUCAGUGUCGGAUAUUGAUAAUCAAUUAUCAUGUCUACCUGACAGGCUUAGAUUGAGGCUGCUUCCCUUCCAGAGAGAAGGCGUCAGGUUUGCACUGCAGAGAGAAGGAAGGUGUUUGAUAGCGGAUGAGAUGGGACUUGGGAAAACAAUCCAAGCUAUUGCAGUGGCUUAUGUUUACCGCAGUGAGUGGCCCUUACUAAUUGUUGUACCAUCAUCGCUCAAAUACCCAUGGAUCGAAGAGAUGGAGAAAUGGAUUCCAGACCUGUCACCAGAAGAUAUCACUAUAAUUGAGAACAAGACUGAUGUUGCGAAGCUCUCCACUUGUAAAGUGACGAUCUUGGGGUACGGCUUGUUAACCUCUGAUGCCAAGACAUUAAUUGAUGCAUUAAACAAACAGCAUUUCAGAGUGGUUUUAGUGGAUGAAUCUCACUACAUGAAAUCUAAAAGUGCGUCUCGGAGCAAGCUCCUGUUACCAAUUGUUCAGAAAGCUACAAGAGCCCUUCUUCUCACUGGCACACCAGCUCUUGGAAGACCUGAAGAGCUUUUCAUGCAGAUCGAUGCUUUAUUUCCCAGAAUGUUUGGAACGUGGACAGAUUACGCAAAGAGAUACUGUAAUGCUCAUGUCAGAUACUUUGGCAACAGGACUCAAUGGGAUUACAGAGGAGCAUCCAAUUUAGAUGAAUUACACCAGCGUUUAAGCAGCAUCAUGAUCAGGCGAUUAAAAACCGAGGUUUUAACUCAACUCCCGCCUAAAAUCAGACAGCGGAUUACAUUUGAUCUUUCCAAAGAUGUAGCUAAGGAAAUGAACAGCAGUUUUGAAGAGUGGGAGAAACUGAUAAGGUUUCCAGAUUCUGGGGGCUCUGAGUCCAGCAACCCCUUUAUCCAGGUCAUGAGCCAGAUAACGCGCAUGUAUAAGCAAACUGCAAUUGCCAAGGCUGGAGCGGUGAAAGAUUAUAUUAAGAUGAUGCUUGAAAAUGAAAAACUGAAAUUCCUGGUAUUUGCUCAUCACCUGUCCAUGCUGCAAGCAUGCACUGAGGCAGUCAUUGAAAGCAAGGUGCGCUACAUCCGUAUUGAUGGGAGCGUUCCAUCUUCUGAAAGAAUUCACUUGGUUCACCAGUUCCAGAAUGACCCAGAUGUCCGUGUUGCAGUCCUAAGCAUUCAAGCUGCUGGUCAGGGGCUAACGUUUACGGCUGCCUCUCACGUUGUAUUCGCUGAAUUGUACUGGGAUCCAGGCCACAUCAAACAAGCAGAGGAUCGAUCACAUCGGAUAGGGCAGAGCAACUCUGUGCACAUCCAUUAUCUUAUUGCCAAAGGAACCCUGGACACUCUCAUGUGGGGGAUGUUGAAUCGAAAGGCAAAUGUUACAGGAAGUACUUUAAAUGGGAAGAAGGAAAAAUUACAGGCUGAAGAAGAUGAUAAAGAAAAAUGGGAUUUCCUGAGCUUUGCUAAGUCUUGGACCCCAAAUGAAACUUUAGAAGAUCUGAAAGAUGACCUUCUCUUCACUCACUUUGAAAAGGAGAAACAGCAUGAUAUCCGUUCCUUCUUUUCACCCAAACCUGAUGGCGAAGGUAAAAAGCGUAAACGAGUAGAGGAUGAUGGGAACAUUACACACGUAGAGAAGGUGGAACAAGGAGAAGUCCAGAUGGAAGACGAAGAGGAAGUGGUCUUUGUAGAUAAGAAAUCUGGUGUAGAUGACGUUGAGGUUGUGCUUGUUGAUGAGCUUCCCCCAGACAAUGACUUUGAGCAACAAACCAAGCGUUUCCGUCAAACAGAUAUACAAACACCCAAGAGUACUCAAACCCCUAAAAGUACUCCAGCCCGUAAAAGGAAAUCGUGGAGUGGAAAGCCCUCUGUGUUGUUCUCCACACCAAAGACUCGGGGUCUUUCUGAAGGCACCUCCCUUACACCGCAAAAAUUUCCAUUGGUGGAGAAGAAAUGGGACUGCGCAACAUGUACUUAUACCAAUAAUUCCUUGCUCCCGUACUGCGAGAUCUGUGAGAGUCCCAGAGAUGACAAUGGAAAAGAUUUCAAGAAUAAGGAGUUAGCAGUCAGCUUGGAUGUCAUUCAGAGCAAUAAAGAAAAUCAAAAGCAGAAUGAUGGGGAUAACGAGCUCGCCGACUGCACUCAGCGGGAAGCGUCCCCAGCUCCUACAAGCAUAAUACACAGGGAUCAUUUAAUAAACAUUGAAAACAACAACUUAGAACCCAACCCUGAGGAAAAAUCAGGAACCACUGAAGCAGAACACUGUGAGAUCUCUGUCUGUUUCCCGAUGUAUGAUGGAUUAUUGUUCUGUGCCAGCAAGUAUACAGAUAGAAUCUAUUUAUAUAGCAAGGAUGGAGAACCACUGAAUCGUAACUUUAUUCCUCUGGAUAUCAUAUUAGGAAACUGGGAGGAUUUACCUGAAGAGAUGCAGCAUAAACCAAACCGAUCUUUGGUUUCAAAGUUUGUGAGAGAAUGGAACAGUUUGACAGCCAUGAAGCAGAGGAUAAUCCGAAAAAGUGGGCUGAUAUUCCGCAGUCCCAUUCUGGCCCUAGGAGACCUCUCAAAGCAACAGUCGGCGCACAGCAGCACAAAGAGGUACCUGACCAAGGAAGAUGUUGCAGUUGCCUCAUUAAGGAAAGUUCAAAGCAGCGGGGGAAGCGUACGGAUUGUCAGCAGGGAAUCCACAUCGUCAGUCAAGGAAAAGGUGGCUUUAAGUACAAUGUCUGGAACCCCCGCGAUACUGAAACAAGGAACAGAUCAGUGCUCUGUUGCUGUGCCUGAGCUGGCGGCAGAUUGCUCUGAAUUUAAAGGCUACCUGCAGGCGAUGGAUGACGCAGGGAAUCCUCUCUGUCUUCACUGCCAACAGCCGUGUGCCCAGCUCGCCACACGAUGCCCAACUACAGACUGGGACACAAGGUUUUGCUCUCAGAAAUGCCAGGACGAAUUCCUUAUCCGCUCCAACCAAAGCUACAUGAGGGCUAAGGUUUUUCAAACCGAGCAUGGCAUAUGCCAACAGUGCUGUUUAAACGCCCACGAACUUUACCUGAGUGUGCGUGAUGCCCCCGUGGCCCAGAGGAAGAGCCUUUUAAUGAAUACAUGGAUGUCACAACUUCCAGUAGAUCAGCUAAAUGAACUGUUAAAAAAUCCAACUGAAGGACAGUUUUGGCAAGUGGACCAUAUCAGGCCGGUGUACGGUGGAGGAGGGCAAUGCUCUUUGGAUAACCUUCAGACAUUAUGUACCGUCUGUCAUAAAGAGAGAACCGCUAAACAGGCCAAAGAGAGAAGUCGCAGUAAGAAGCUUUCCAUGGCAUCGAAGUACGGCUCGGACAUCACCAAAUUCUUUUCCAAGGUUUAACAUAGUUUCCAUUGUUCUUGUAUUGUCAUUGUCUGUGUGAUUUGUUAAUCACCCUUUUUUUUCCUCAUUAAUAAUUUUUUUCCUCAUUUUGCACAAAACAAUAUUUUCAAGGCCAUUUUCCAUGUUUUUAUAACACUACGAUUUUAUUAAUAAAAUCAGCCAAUUAAUUCUGA